CUCUCGUGUAUUUUUUUUGUAGGAUUUAAAGCCCUCUUCAGCCAAUUGAAAUGAUGGUUCCUUUCACUAAACCCAGGUCCUCGUACCUCAAAGCACUCUUCACAUUUGGCUUCAUCUUUCUAUUUAUGCUGUUCCAAAACGCGAUGAUCUAUACUUCCCUCAAAACUUCUGUUGAUUCCACCAGCGGAGGUCUGUGCGCUUGUGAUAAAUGCGUCACGGAUCUGAACGAUACUGAUUGGUUCUUCACGCGGUUCAACCCCACGGUUCCAUUUCUGCUGAACAGAAGAAACGGUGUGUUGCGGUCAGACGUCUACAGAUGGUGGACGGGUCUGCAAACUGAGAUCACUAAGGUUAACUUCACAGACGUGGUGGACACAUUGUUUUCUCUCUUUCCUGAUGAAGAGCACUACUCAGACGCCGGUCCAGAUCGCUGCAGAACCUGUGCUGUGGUGGGAAACUCUGGUAACCUGCUGGGAACUCAUUAUGGGCCUCUCAUAGAUCUUCAUGACCUUGUCAUAAGGAUAAACAAGGGUCCAACAGAAGGUUAUGAGAAGGAUGUGGGCUCUAAGACCACUCACCGGAUUCUUUACCCUGAGAGUGCUGUGGAUGUAGACAACUCAACCCACCUUAUUCUUCUGCCCUUUAAGAUCAAAGACAUGCGCUGGCUCAUCAGUGCCUUCACCACUAAACACAUCACACGCACCUAUAUUAGAGUGAGACCUACAGUAAACGCUGACAGAGAAAAGGUGAUGAUCAUCCAUCCUGAAUUCAUUAAAUAUGUCUAUGAGAGCUGGCUGCAGAAACAUGGCAAAUACCCAUCAAGUGGAUUCAUUACACUGAUAUUCGCUCUGCACAUCUGUGAUCAGAGCACUACUCAUACGCCGGUCCAGAUCGCUGCCGAACCUGUACUGUGGUGGGAAACUCUGGGAACCUGCUGGGAACUCAUUAUGGGCCUCUCAUAGAUUUUCAUGACCUUGUCAUAAGGUCAAUGUUUUUGGGUUUGGAGCGAAAAGUGACGGGACGUGGCAUCAUUAUUUUGACAGAAGCUUGACUCACUUUAGCAGAGGCAGUCACGGCGGAGACUUUGAAAAUAAGACCAUGAAUGAGCUUCUUUUGUUAAACAAGAUUUCUAUACAUAAAGGGGGGUUAUAACCAUUUUCUCAUUGUGUCCCUAGCACAGGCUUUUAAUGAAACCCUUUUGAAAAGCCUACAUUUUCAAAGCAGAAUUAUUUGUGAAUAUUUAUGUAUUUAUUCACCUGUAUAUAACCAAGAAAAAUUAGACAUUAUUAUUUAUAAUAGCAUAUUGUCCUAAUGGGGAAUGUGGAACAAUAAAGAUUAAAUUCAACCGAUUAAA